AUUUUAAUUACUUUGAUUUAGACAUGUAACUACAUUUCGAACUAGGUUGGUUAUAGUCUUUGGAUAGUAGUGUGUCUGUUAUUAUUAGGAAUGUGUACACUUUCUUAUUACUUGCCGUUCGAAAAUAUAAUUUUUUUUAAUUUGUAAUGCAAGGGGACAGGAUCCGGCGCUACGAGCAGUCGGUGCUGCGCAAGGCGGCCGCGCUCUCCGGCCUGGUGACGGGGGUGACCAUCGGGCCGGGCUGCGACAGGGGCGCGGGAGGGGAGGAGCCCCCUGGGGAGGAGCCCCCCUGCCCGGGCAGCGGAGGGGCGUGGCCCAGGACGCCUGGCCCCAGCCUGAGGGGCGGCGGCGACACGGGCCCGCAGUACGCCAACAUGUGCGUGCAGAAGCUGCUGUCCGACAUAGAGCUGGAGCGCCAGAGGCACGUGCAGGCGCUGGCGAAGCGGCGGGCGCGGCGGGCGCUGGAGCUGGAGCGCGGCCAGCGGGAGUUCCUGGAGCUGCAGCUGGAGGUGCGGCGGGGGAAGGGGGAGGCUCGCAGGCGCGAGGAGCAGCGCGCCAUGCUGCGCCAGGCGGAGCAGGAGGAGGUUCAGACCCGCGAGUCCCAGGCGCGUCUCCGCGAGCAGCACCAGCAGAGGAUCAACGAGCGCAACCAGAAGAUACGCGAGGCAGAGGACAAGGAGCACCAGAGGCUCCUGGACAAGAAGCUGCGACUGGACGAGCUGCACCAGCAACAGUGUCGCUACCGCGCCGUGUACCAGCAGAUCCUCGAGGUCGCCAAGAGGUGCCGAGACAAGCCCGCGCUCUCCGGCAAGCUGGCGGGACACACCGGCCAACUGCGCAGCCUCAACGAGGCCAUGGACCACCUGGUGCGGCACUGCCAGGUCUCGGAGGUGACUGAGGCAGACGUGAGCGCCGGUUGUGAGCUCGUCCGCCAGAUAUCGACCAUCCAGCAGUUCAUCCAGGGAAUAGCAGACGAGAUAAACGCGAAGGAGGAGGCAGCGGACGUGCAGAAGGAGGAGGAGGCGAGCAGGAGGAAGCAAGAGGCGGACAGGAAGAAGGACCAGGCGGAGCAGGAGAAGCGCUCCAAGGCCGCGGAGAGCAGCCAGCGAGAGGCGGCCAGCAGCUACGACUCUGUGCUGUUGAAGUCCGUGGCGCCGGAGGACUGGCAGCGGUACCGGGACCUGAGCCAGCUGCUGGACCAACUGCACGGCUCCUACGCCGAUCUGCUCCGAGACCCGUCCCUCAAGGAGUUCCGGUUCGAGUGCCAGAGGGCGGUGAACGUGCCUCUGAACUCCAUCUCGGACGUGAGCGCCAGCCACCUGCAGGACAAGUUCCAGAAGCUGUCGAGCCUGCUGUCGGGCCGGCCGGUGCAGCUCGCGGGCUCCGUGCUGCACCCGGGGCGCCACCCCCAGGGCGUGGCCUACUGCCAGGGCGUGAUGAUCGAGAAGCUGGUGCAACUGGGCGAGAUGACGGCGAAGCAGCCCAAGACGGUGUUCCCGCUGGCGGCCAUCGUGGUGGCGCUGUGGGCGGACUUCCCGGAGUUCGGGCGGCUGCUGCUGGCCCAGAUGUACCGCAAGUGCCCCUACCUGGUGCCCAUGUUCCCGCUCCAGCUGGAGAGCGAGUCUGACCGGGACUACUACAAGAAGCUGGGCUACAACUACUCGGACGGCGGGGAGGUGGAGUCCCAGGAGAACUUCCUGAAGCGCAUGUCGGGGAUCACCAGGCUGUACGCGGCGGUGGUGGCGACUCCGGUGCGCCGGCGGCAGGGCAAGCCGCACCCUCACGGCCUGCGCGAGGGCUGGCGCUGGCUGGCGGCGCUCCUCAACCUGGACCCGCGCCCGGACAUCAGCGCGACGGUGCUGUACGAGCUGCUGGAGGUGGCGGGCGGCGCCUUGCACGCCGCCUACGGCCGGCAGUUCUCCAAGCUCCUGCACUUGGUGUGCGACCUGCACCUGCGCAAGAUCCAGGAGAUAUCGCCCGCGUCGUGCAGUGGGCCGCGCGUGCGUCUCGAGACGUUCCUGCAGAACGUCGUCUCGCAGAAACGGAUCCCGCCGCCCGCCGGCAUGCUGCCACCCAACUUCUGGUGACCGUCGCCAAGCGUCGUCAUCCGACGUUCGUUCGUGUCGUCUUGUGUAUCGCCCUUGAUUUUUUUUAUAAAUAAAAUUUCAUCUCUACAGUG